AUGCUGUCUAGCACCAGAGAAAUCGAGGGUCUACUCGCUGCCAUGCCCGCCGGGGACAACAAAAGAUCAGAGGUGCCCGGUACCCAGGCCGCGGCUGCGCCUGCUACCAAGUCAAUCUCUGUCAACGCCUCCGCCAGCCACAUCGUGCAACCUGAUGGAUAUCACCUGAGUCUCACACUGCAAAUUGACAAAGAGUCACUCGCCAGUGCCGUUGAGAGCAUUCAAAAGCGGCGUUCCUACAUUAUGCAACUCUUGGCUGAAAAACAGAUACUUCAUAGCGCUCUACGAGAGAACAUGGCAUCCAAAGUUUUGACUGAGAAGCGCGUUUGUGCCGAAUACAAGCUUAGUAUCAAAUUCUCCGACCGCGAAAGAGCAUUAGAGGCGGCUGUCGCUGUGGCGCAGCAAAGGGCCAAAGUGCUCGCGCAACAGAACCAGAGCCAAUUGGGCCGUCUCAACAACGUGUAUCACGAUGUCAAGGAACACAAGCAGGACGACGGAGAAGUGGUGGCCUGUGCUAAUGUUGUUGCCACCUAUAAUCUGCUUUGA